AAACUCAUUAAAACACGUGUUUUUCAUUUGUUUUGUAAUUUAUGGCCAGAAAUGUCACCAAAACUGUCGAAACCGUUAUCACCGGGAGAUGUGAUCACUCAAGACAUGCCUAUCAUUCAUGUAAUACACGACGAAUCCAAAGAUAAAUAUUGCGAUAAUUGUAUGAAAAGAUCGGAUCAAUUGAAGAGAUGCUCGAAAUGUCUUCACGUGUAUUACUGCUGUAAAGAGUGUCAGAAGAAUGACUGGAAGUAUCACAAGAAUGAGUGCAAAGUCUAUAGAGAUGAUGACAUUUGGUCAUCACUACAGACGGUAGAUAUUCGGUACAGAUUUUUGCUCCGACUCUACCUUUCGGUGCAAAACAUUCCAACGUUUGCCACAGAAAUGCACCGAUUGUUUGACGGAUCGGAUGUCAGUCUCAAUGAUCUCAAAGUGGAUAUAAUUGGUAGGAAUGAAGACAAGAGUGGAAGUGAUAUCUCAGCCAUUUGUGAUGUGUUCACUGAAUUGGGUGUCAGUUAUGAAGUCCAAGAGCUAAGCGAUUGGUUUAUAUUCAUGAAAAAUUGUCGAUUCAUUUUUGACACGCGUAGUGAUUGUGGCGAUACUGUGGCCAACGGUCUAUACAUCCAGUUAUCAUCUCUAAGCCAUAGUUGUCUUCCGAACGCCGCUAUUGUAUACAAUGGACAUACGCCUGAGUUGCGGGCCAUGGCAUCGAUAGCUCCGGGAGAAGAGAUUACCGUAAGCCGUGUUGAUCUGCAAAUGGGUCGGGAGGGCAGACGGAUAUGGUUGAAAAGUAUGUCCAUUGACUGCCAAAUACUCUCAAUGGCCGACAAGAAAGAAGAGUAUUUGCGGUCAUUGUUUGCCGAUUUGGAUGUGGUUUACGGCGAUUACAAUCCCUGCAAGACAUUGACUUUAGUCAAUCACUUCGACGCCUAUACUUUUGCCCUUAUAAAUGGCCGCAAAUCACCCGACGGUCUGUUCAAUGAGAUCCGGGAUAUGACCGAAAAGGCGUUUGAUGUGACCAAUGCUGACAAUUGUCCGUUUAAGCAAACAUUUCACGAUAAUUUGACAACUUUAGCUAAGGGACCUCAUUUUAAAUUGUCAUUGUAA